CGGCCCCAGUUACACCCGAGCUGCCCAUGUCGCCAGAAACCAAGACAGGCCCAAUGUCUCCGAGCCCAGGCAAGUCUGGAACGUCCGGAACCUACAAAAAGACACUCGUCGGCGGACUCGUCGCACAUCUUUCUCUCGACUGUUUUGUGAAACCCAUUCGUUGCCUACAAAUAGACCACACACACAUCCAAUGGCACCAGACACACUCUCCCUCGCCGGCAAAACCGCCAUCGUGACCGGUUCCGGCCGCGAGAAUGGCAUCGGAGCGGCCAUCGCCACAGCCCUCGGCCGCAACGGAGCCAACGUCGCCAUCAACUUUGUAUCCGAUGCUUCUGCCGCCCGCGCGGCAAACGUGGCGGCCAGCAUCCAAGCCCUCGGCGUCAAAGUCGUCGUGGUUCAGGCCGACGUCUCGACCCCUGAAGGCGCAGCUAAGCUUGUCAAGGAGACGCUGGAGGGAUUCAAGACAGACAAGAUUGACAUUCUGAUCAACAACGCCGGCGCCGGCUCCGGCCAGGGCAAGCUGUUGGUCGACCUGACGCCGGAGGAGGUGCAGAGCGCGUUUGCCCUCAACACCUUCAGCACGCUGUACAUGGCGCAGGCCGCGGCACCGCACAUGCCCGAGGGCGGCCGCAUCGUCAACAUCGGCACCGUCGUGACGAGGAUGCACAACAUGCCUGGCGUCGCCGUCUACGGCGCCAGCAAGGCCGCGCAGGAGUACCUGACCUCCGCACUGGCUGCUGAACUCGGUCCCAGCAAGGGCAUCACGGUCAACACCGUUGCGCCCGGACCCACCAAGACGGACGCCGCGACUUGGUUCCCCGCUGGGGCACUCCAGGAGGAGGUGGGCCGGAAACUGGCCAUUGGGGCGAGGCUCGGCAAGGUCGCCGGUGCUCCCCAGGAGAUCGCCGACGCGGUGCUGCUGGUGGUUUCGGAUGCGGCGCGGUGGAUCACGGGCCAGUAUGUUGCUGCCAGCGGCGGCAUUACCCAAUAGGGACCAGGCGACCGGCUUAAUCUGCCAUGCGUUUGUUCCUCGUUUGUAGAAAAAGUCGGAGAUGGGCAUCGUGCUGUGCCUUCCCGGAGGAUCUGCAAGCUUGUUGCCGUGUGCUUGCCGAGAGCGUUGCCACAACAUGCUUCCCUGCCGAGACUGUGCUGGUCAUUUCCCCUGUCCGGGAAACUCGGUGGGCCCUGGACGCUCAAAUCUUGCUCUUAUCACUAGGCCCCGAGUCCGUUUGCUCGGC